AUGUUGCAGGUUAGACACGCGAUUAGCACCGGACAGCAUGACACGUAUUUCGAGCAAAUAGAAGAGUUGAAUCUACAGGCUGCUGAUAGAGACACUGCCACACUGUUAGGUCAUAGUCAAAAAACCCAGCUCAAACACUACGUUGAUUCUGACGUGAAGAGUGCAGUGAGUGGGUAUCGAGCACUAGAGAUACUGGCCGAGAGAGAGGCUUCACUUAACAGUGAAGUUUCAGCCGCCAAAAGACGUGUGAAAUUCAAGGGAUUCAAUACUACGUCAGCACAGUUGUCGGAUGCGGAAGCUCAAGAGGAUUGUGGGCUAUUGGAACCGGUAUCCGAUGAGAGCUCAGAUGAGGGCUCCGGUUCGACGGAUAGCAGUGUGGAAUACGUUCCUUCGAAGUUCAUUGUUGAGAGCUCUGAUUCCAUCACAUCAUAUACGAGAAAGACUCCAAGAAAGCAAGCCAGGCUCUUGUCAGCUGCGAGCGACCAGCAGGCAGAAGCAAUACCAGGACCGAGCAAUACUGUCCCAAUGCCACCACCUCAGAUGACCACUCCAAAGAAAUCUCAGAAAAAGACGGCGUCUAGGAAGCUAUUUUCUCGCUUUUUCCAUGUUGGUCUUCGAGGCGGUAAUUCUCCGCCAUGCCUGCCUCAAACUUCGAUUCUACCCGGUACUUCAGCGGAACACGGGGAUCCCUUCGUUUUUCCGGACGAAGAAAUGAUGUCUGAUGACUCAAUACCCCUCAAUGACCUCAAGUCGGCGAUGGAAAACAGCACACAAAAGAAACUAAGAAGUGCGCAGGAGGACCACAUCUCACCGCAGCUGAAUGCAGCAGUGCAAGCGGAGUUGCUGCGUAAUGGACUUCAUGCGGAAAUCGUAGGCGAAGUGGCAGAUAAUCUCAAGGAUUGCGGGAUACUGCUUCUGGAUUAUACGGCCUAUGUAGACGGCGGACUGUUUGAGACUGCGAUCAAGCCCUUCGAAGAGGAUCUCAUGACAGCUAGCAACGCAACAUUCGUAAAUGAAACUCUUAGAUACAUACUCAUCAAGGUACCUUCACACCAUAAUCUAUCUGUUACAAAGGUGUACGAAGAGAUGAAAGCGGGAGCUUUGACCGCUCAUAAGGCUGAGAUGAAAAAACUAUUCGAUGAACGUCGUGCUUCGACACCAACUUACAGGUCCACACAAGUGCAGUUUUCUUCCUAUACCGGAAUGGUCGCACUCGGUAUCGGUAUGGGACUUGGUGGACUGCUUGUCAGAGGCCUCGAGAGUCUUUUCGCAGGAGGACAAAGGGAUUCGCUAAAAUCGCACACGAUACGGAACAGCUUUUGCAUGGGUGAGGCAAGAGUUGCGGAGAAUAGUGCAAAACACGCUUCGAGAGCUCUUCAACUUCGGCAGAUUUUCGGAGGAGCUCAUGGCGUCGACGAGCAAUAA